AAAAAUGGACAAUUUCGAUAUGUUUACUGUUUUAAUAAAAGGUCCAAAUUGUCUAAACGAUUUUGAUUAAAACUUUGAACCAGUGAGAAUGGAUGUUUGUUGGUGCAUCGAUUUUUUGCAAGCCUUUUGCAUGAUAAUGCACUGCCUGGGCAUGAGAGAACACUUAACUGUUCUUUCGACAUCUGAACACGUUUUUAUAAAACACGCAGCGAACAUCUGAAAGCUGUCACGGGUCUUGCCACGGUCCGUUGUAAAUUGAGUGCAUCGUCUUCUUUCACAGCGCCAUCUAUAUCCACCAAUGUUUACAAAGCAUGGCGCACACAAGCUUGAAUCAGUACUUGCAGCAGGUUGAAGAGUCAAUAAAUGCAAAGGAUGGCUUGUUGCUUGGGGAGCUGCUUUCUUUCAAGCAUCCACACAUUGCGAACUCGCGACUACAGCUGGAAAGACCAGAGGCACCUUGUGAACGCUUCUUUGAACAACCAUGGGAUGAGUUAGUGGCUGCACAUCUGAGGUGUACUUGGGCGGUGGCCAACCAUGACUUUGUGGAAGCAUAUGGCUGCCAGUCGCACGCUGUCUCAACCUUCAACAAGAUAUUUCAGGCUCAGAAAGAUGAGAAUUGGAGUCUCCCUGUCAUGUAUGCUGUCUGCCUAGAUCUCCGGCUGUUUGCCAACAGUGCUGACAUCCAGUUGUUGAAAAGGGGGCGUGGCAAGCCUGGGGACAUGCUGGAGAAAGCUGCAGAACUCUUGAUGCAGAUCUUCAGAGUGUGUGCUAGUGACAAUCGUGCUGCAGUAGAAGAUUCUAAAAAGUGGGGAAUGUUAAAUAUAGUCAAUCAGCUGUUUAAGAUAUACUUCAAGAUUAACAAACUCCACCUGUGCAAACCCCUCAUCCGUGCUAUAGAGAGUUUACCAAUCAGGGACAGGUUCAGUAUUUCACAGAUGAUCACAUUCCGGUAUUAUGUGGGAAGGAAAGCCAUGUUUGACAGUGAUUUCAAAACAGCUGAGGAAUAUUUGACUUUUGCAUUUGAGAGGUGUCACCAGUCUGCUAAGAGAAACAAAAGACUCAUCCUCAUUUAUUUGUUAUCUGUGAAGAUGCUUCUGGGUCACAUGCCAAAGAUUGAGCUUUUGUUGAAGUAUGAUCUCCUCCAGUUUGCUGAUGUGGUGAAGGCCGUCAAAGCUGGCAAUCUUCUGAAACUCACAGAAGCCAUGCAGAAACACGAGGUGUUCUUUAUCAAGUGUGGUGUUUACCUGAUACUAGAAAAACUGAAGAUCAUAACAUACAGGAAUCUUUUCAAGAAAGUUUACCUUAUCCUCAAAACACAUCAGCUGCCAGUAGAUGCUUUUGUGGUAGCUCUAAGAAUGAUGCAGGUGGAGGACAUUGAUAAUGAUGAAGCUCAGUGUAUACUAGCCAACUUGAUUUACGAGGGUAAAAUCAAGGGUUAUAUUUCCCACCAGCACCAGAAAGUCGUUGUCAGCAAACAGAAUCCAUUUCCACCACUCUCAUCAUUAACAUGAUUGGAUAUCAGGAUCACCAUCAUGCAGAUAUUGUUACCGAAUAUGGGCUGUCCUUUGUCAGGUGACCAUAUAUGGGGAGGCUUUUGAUGAGACAUACCAAAUAUGGGCACUCUCCCUGUCAACACUACAAUAUAUGGAGGUGGUUUCCACUAACUAGAACAUUAGUGAAGACUGUCAUGAAGAUACACUAAAUAUGGACAGAUCUCCAAAAAUUGAUUAUCUUAUCUCAUGUGGAGACAUUUAUUGAGAUUAGUCUUAAGUUACAAUGAUCAAAUAUGGUAGUUGAAUCAGUCUCAUACAGUGUCAGCCUUUUAAUAGGCAGUUAAAUGUGAAAGUUUGUGUACCAAAUUUGAACAGGGCGGAGAUGAUUUUUGCAUCAAGAAUUUAGAAUGCUCUUUGAACAUGUCAGUGCUUUGUGGGAGGACAAUAUGUGAAAAGACACAUGCAGAAAAUUUCAUAAGAAGUUGCUUUAAACCUGGAAAUGUAGGAAAGGGCAAAUCACAAAUCUAAGAUAUUUGAUCACAUCCAAGAUCACUUGAAGUGGUCAGAUGGAUCAGAUAAUUUUUACAUCAAAAACAAUCUCUUAUUAGGAUAUCUCAUUAAUAUUCAAGUAAAGAUUUUUAUUCACUUUGCCAAAUGUGAUUCUUAAGGAAGAAACGUUUGGAGAAUCGUGUUUGUAUUGUGAUGCAUACUGAAAAUUCAACAAUAAACACAUAUGGUAUA